CGCCGGGAAGGAGGUGUUCCCAGCGCCACGCUGUGCCACAGCAACCGGGGCUCGCCAACACCUCUGGGUGCCACAGCUGAGUCCAAGCCGGGCGGCGGCAGCGCCCAGUAGGUUUGCGGGCAAGGUGCUACCCAAGCGGGGGGCACGGGCAGGCUGUUCCCCUCAGGCCCGCGGCGGGGACGAGGAACCAGCUGGAGGGUUUGAAAUCUAGAAGAAUGGCAGACAUAGACAACAAAGAACAGUCUGAACUUGAUCAACAGGAUAUGGAAGAUGUUGAAGAAGUAGAAGAAGAAGAAACUGGUGAAGAUGCCAACAACAAAGCUCGACAGUUGACUGUGCAGAUGAUGCAAAAUCCUCAGAUUCUUGCAGCCCUUCAGGAAAGACUUGAUGGUCUUGUAGGAACAUCUACAGGGUAUAUUGAAAGCUUGCCUGAAGUUGUUAAAAGACGUGUGAAUGCUCUCAAGAACCUUCAAGUUCAGUGUGCAAAGAUAGAAGCAAAGUUCUAUGAGGAAGUUCAUGAGCUGGAAAGAAAAUAUGCUGCUCUCUAUCAGCCAUUAUUUGACAAGCGAAGUGAAAUCAUCAAUGCAAUUUAUGAACCUACAGAGGAAGAAUGUGAAUGGAAAGCAGAUGUUGAAGAAGAAAUUUCAGAGGAAAUGAAUGAGAAAGCCAAGCUUGAAGAGGAAAAAAAAGAUGAAGAAAAAGAAGACCCAAAAGGAAUUCCUGAAUUUUGGCUGACAGUAUUCAAGAAUGUGGACUUGCUCAGCGAUAUGGUUCAGGAACAUGAUGAACCUAUCCUGAAACACUUAAAAGAUAUAAAAGUGAAAUUUUCAGAAGUUGGACAGCCUAUGAGUUUCACCUUAGAAUUUCAUUUUGAGCCAAAUGACUACUUCACAAAUGAAGUGUUGACAAAGACGUAUAGAAUGAGGUCAGAGCCAGAUGAUUCUGAUCCCUUCUCCUUUGAUGGGCCGGAAAUCAUGGGUUGUACAGGCUGCCAAAUAGACUGGAAAAAAGGAAAAAAUGUUACCUUAAAAACCAUUAAGAAGAAACAGAAACAUAAGGGUCGUGGAACAGUUAGAACAGUGACAAAAACUGUUUCCAAUGAUUCUUUCUUCAACUUCUUUAGUCCUCCUGAAGUUCCUGAAAGUGGAGACUUGGAUGAUGAUGCUGAAGCAAUCCUUGCUGCAGAUUUUGAAAUAGGGCAUUUCUUGCGUGAGCGUAUAGUCCCCCGGUCAGUAUUGUACUUCACAGGAGAAGCUAUUGAAGAUGAUGACGAUGAUUAUGAUGAAGAAGGUGAAGAGGCAGAUGAUGAGGAGGGGGAAGAAGAAGCAGAUGAAGAAAAUGAUCCUGAUUAUGACCCAAAAAAGGAUCAAAACCCAGCAGAAUGCAAGCAACAGUGAAGCAGUGUGUGUGUGGCCUUGAGGAUUACCUGCACUGUAAUAGCCUAAACCACAACUAUUAGUUACUUACAGCCUUAUGUUUUGUAUCUUGGUAGGAUUAUGUAACCAAUUUGUUAAAAAAAAAAAAAAAAUGAAAUUCAAACACGUAAGAACCAGUUUAAAAUGUAGGUUCAAUCUGCCUAGCAUUUUAACAGUGUAAUUUUCUGCCAAUAUGUAGAAUGCAGUAAAUUCCCUAAAGCAUGAAUGUUAAUUCAUUGCUACAUAGUUUUGUUCUUGUGAAGUCUUUGUCAUGUAGCUAUUAGACUGCAGCUGUGAAGAUUAUCAGAACCGUUAACUGAGACCAAUAUUUGUUUAGAGAACUUUCCUGAAGAACCAACCAAAGUAUUUUUCAGCCUAGUAGUCUGAACGGGUUUAAGUCUGCUUGCACUAGCUGUGCCUUCAUUACUUUGUUAUAGAAAUGGCAGUGACUUGUACUAACUAGGAGAUGAUGCGUUUUGAAUUUGACUACUUGAGAAGACUAAUAUAACAUGUUUAAUGUUCAACAAGACCACGUUAAAUAUUCAAAACUGUCAGCUUGUUUAUGCGAUGGGUUUUAUAUUUUAUGUGAGAGUGAUCUACAGAAGAAACCUAGUCAUCAUAUUAAGGUUAUUGUUUACCACUGGGGUGUGAAUAAAACCUAGUAUUUUCAGAAGCUAGUCUUGUUUCAUUAUGAUGUGUGUAUCUGCAUGUGUAAACUAGCAAGGCUUAUCUUUCAUGCUGCAGUUGAAAACCAAACACAAUAUUAUGGAAAGUUUGAUCCACUUGUAGUUUAAUUAUUGUGAAUCUGAGCUAGAUUUUUCAGUGAUUAAGACUGCCAUUUUGGAGAAAACAAGUUUUUAGAAGUGAGGCUAGAUCUGAUAAAGGACUUCAGUAUUGCUGUGCCUGACCCUGAGGCAUUGGUUAUUAGUGUGAAUCUAGAACCGAGAAAGGUGCCUUGGAUCUUCCAGCCUGUGAAGAUAGAAUUAGGUUCUCCUGAACAAAAUCUGCCCUGUAGCCUAAGGGAGCAUGAGAACACUGCUGUAUUCUGAUUUGUGCUCACUGUAUCAAGCCUCUAUAGGGGAAGAAACAAAAACCCCAAGAAAUUCCUCUCUUCUCUCUUAGGUUCUAUUCAUUAUGCUUAUGUUUGCACUUUCUGAUUCAUACUUCAUCCAUAUUGGAUGUUCAUUGUCGGUUGAAACACACGGUCUGGAAGAUCUUUCUCAUAAUAAUCUUGCCUCUAGCCUAACACUGGAGAUGUGCAAGAUGUAGACUUGAAUGCACUCAGCUUGAAGUGACUGAACUGAUGUCUUCCAUUUGAGUUUUCCCAGUCAAUAAGAUGCUACUGUACUCUGUGCAGCCUUGUCCUUUACAUAACUGUAGAAGUUCUGAUCUAAGCAAGUAUCUGGGUAAUUUUUUGAGGGACAGGAAGGGCCUCACAGGGCAGGGUUGGAAGGCAAUGUCUUGGUAGCCAUGGUUCAACUUUGACAGCAGAAAUUUUGGGUUUUUUUUCAUGCCACUGAUAUACUGACUUAGGCAUAAAGUGAAAGUCUUGAAAAGAAGAGGCUAAGCAGAAGGCAACAGCCACAUGAGGAUGGGGUUGGUAGAAGAGCAUGUCUCUUGGUUGGAGGUUAAGUUAUACAGAGUGAAGCUUUUCCCAAGUGCCUCUGAAUCCUCAGCCAUUCUGAGAGGAAGAAAGUCUGGUGUGCUCUGACUAAAUGAUGUGUUGUGUUCUUUUGUUUUUUUUUAAUUUCUUGAAGGCUUAAACACCACACUGUUCCAUUUCAGAAUCUCUGUCAGGCUUCAUCUCUCUUCAGGUAUUUAAGGAUUUGGGAGAAGCAACUCUUGUUAUCUGUAGCAGUAUAUAAAACAGUACUGUUGAACUCAGGUGUUUUUUAGGUAACCUGUAGAUCAUAGCAUAGAAAAAGACAGUAAUGAAGGAUUAACAUCACACUCUGACAGCUGCAUCUUAAAGCAGAUAUAGUUAUGUUCUUGUGAUAACAUAAAUCCUGACAGAAUAUGCUCAUCCUUUGAGACACUAGCUGGUCAGGUGUUUUGGUAUCUCUUGGUCUCUUCCCUGAAUGUCUCAUGGGAUAAAUAAUUUUACACUUCAGGGCAUGUGGGCACCAAAGUAAUGGUAUGUUGUGAGCUUGAGCAGUCAUCAGUACGGGGCCUUGAGGUUCAUACUUUUGGACAUGAGAAGUACCCGAAGUCCUUACUUAGAUCUAGCCCAUUUUUACUAACAGCAUCUGGCAACUGUAUCUUAAAAAGCACUGCUAAAAGUUGUCCAGUGAAUUUCAGAAGUUACUGUUCUUAAGAAAUUUGGAUUGUAUUUCAAUUGCUUUCUCAUUUAAUAUCUUCAUAUCACACAAUGGGAUAUAGUAUUUGAAAAAGGGAGCUGGUAGAUGCCAAAGCUCACCUGCAGCCUGCAAGAUCCAGAGCCACAAACCCAUCUGUCGACAGAUUUUGGUAAGCUUCUCCCUGGUUUGACUUGCUACUUUUAAAUCAACAGUUCUUGUGCUCUGCAGACUGCAGCAAAAGGAAGGAUAUAAUCAUAGAGAUUGAGGUGCCAGUUCUUAUGGCAUCAGUUAAAUAAAAACUGUUGGUGUUUAAAGUAGUUCUGUGAUCAACGACAACGAUCUUGUUUAGCAGUUCUGAAAUGCAGUAUGUAGCAGGAACAUUAAACUUUGAACACUGA